AACAACAACAACCGAAAUUGAUAUUUUGAAUUCAAAUUGUUGAACCAUCGGAAAGGAAAUGCCGUGUUUAUAGAUUGUUGUGUAAAUAAAUGCAUUGUUUAAUAAAACUAAUUGCAACAAGUCGUUCGAACUGUAAAUCAUGACACACCGGUUGUAAAAACAUCCUCUUGCCACUUAGAGCUAGGUUUUCAAGGGACAAACACUCAUCGCGAUGUAUCGCUUGUGUUUUAUCGUGGGUCUUUUAUUUGUGACCGAUUGUGACGGAUCGGCUCAACAAUGUAGAAAUGAUAGAGGUGAACCAGUUGACUGGUUUUACAUCUACAAGCUACCGAAGGAGAAGAAUCAUUUAAAUCCCCUGGUUCGGAAAGGGGUAGCGUACAUGUACCUGACUCCUUCAAAACUGCGUCAAGGAUGGAUCAUGUCUGACUUAUCCAUAGCUAAUCCCAACUCCAUGUUGGGCAGAACACUGCAACCCAUGUACCAGGCAAAGAAUACAAUGACCGUCUUGUACAACGACCAGCCACCAACUAAUGAUAAUGCACCAGAUAUUCUGCAAAAUGUAGCUGAAAUGUAUUCAAGACGUAAAAAAGGUCAAAUGAAGUUCAUGGAGCCUUCAGUAAAGAAGUACAAGAAGUUUAAGCUAGGCGACAAGUAUUACGAUGACUACGACUUGGCAGAGAUGUGUAAGAUGCACACAAAAUUCCUGAAGAAUAGGGUCGAGAAGGGCCAUACGAAGGGCGUGAUUAUGGGGGACAAGUUUACCUCGCUGUGGCUGGUGCAUUCUGUGCCGAGGUUCCCACCGAUACCUGAUGGUCGCGGCAUGAACUUAACCAGCUACAGCUACCCACAAACCGGCAUGAAAUACGGACAGUCAAUGCUCUGCAUGUCCGUACAAACGGCCACAGUCAACCAGAUCGCAACACAGCUGAAAUACAACGAGCCGCUAGUCCUGUACAGUCAAAUACCUACGGAAUACGAGAAUGAGCUGCCGACGUUGGUCGAAGUGGUGCAUAAUAAGACUGUUGAUGCUUCUCCUUGGUACCACAUAGAGAGCUUCGAGACCCUAGCCGGACGCAAGUUCCUCUCGUUCGCGAAGAGCGCCAUGUUCAACGACGACUUGUACAGUGGCUUGGUAGCUGAAGUGCUGCAGUCAGACCUGCUGGUGGAGUCCUGGACCAAUGGCCCUGGCACCUUAGACUCGGAGUGUAAUAGGAAUUUCCAAGUACGGAACAUCGAGCGCCUAAAAUUCCCACUAGCUCGUAUGUCCUUCACGUCUCACCACGACCACUCCAAAUGGACGGUCGCCGUCGCGCACAAAAUGCACAACAGCCAAGACACCAAGGUGGCUGACUACUGGGUCUGUGUUGGAGACAUCAACAGAGCGUUACCACAAGAAUCUCGAGGCGGCGGGACCGUGUGUACAUCGGGACCCAUUUUAUGGGGGAACUUCGCACAUUUGAUUGAGUCAGUCCAAUCAUGUUAAUGUUAAUGUAGGUAAUUAGAUUAAUUAGUGAAAUUAUUUUCUCUUUGUCACGCAAAGAUUAAGUCUCUAAGUGAAAUGCAUGCCUUUAAAGUUAUCAUUUAUCAUGUGUUGAUGUCACAACAUAGAGUACAAAAAAUGUAAAUUGUGAAAUAAUGUCCUUACUACACGAACUCGAUUAAAAUUGUCAAUUUUCGUUUUCCAACUAAAGAAUGACUAGAUGAAGAGUCACUAGAUGGGUUCAUCUUAGCAAGGACGAUAUAUACCGGGGCUGACAUACUCGUA